AUGUCACCAAUCCAGCCAAAUUCCUUCGAAAAAGCAUUAAGAGCUUGCAGCACACCAAACGCAGAGAAUCAGCAAUCAAUAAAACAAGCACCAUCAAACGAAUUUAUCAGUUCUAUCCAGACAAGCCUUUACGGAAUCGAACAUAAACUUGAGAUACUUUUAGAAACUAGCCGAAUAAAUGCACAAACCACUUUGGAAACAUGUAAUAACACAAAGCUCUCAGAAUUAACCACAGAUAAUCUUGUAAGUUUAGCAAAAAAUCUCGGCGUUGAGGUUUCAAAAAAAAUAGUACACAAUACGGAACGACUUUAUUAA